AUGGAGCGACACCAGCAGCACCUGCAUCACUGCUCCAAGGCCAGGGCCCCCUACCCGUCCUCCGCCUCUCUCCGCGGCUGCCGGGACAGCAAAAUGCAGCGCAGGAAAGGUCUCCAGCAUCCUCUUGCUCCUGGCGGAUCGGAGGAGCCUGGGGAGAAGCGCCCGAAGUUUCAUUUAAAUAUUAAGACACUGACAGAUGAUAUGUUGGACAAAUUUGCCAGCAUACGAAUUCCAGGGAGCAAGAAAGAGAGACCACCACUUUCCAACCUUAAGACUGCAUUUGCAAGUAAUGAUUACUCAUCAGCAUGUUCAGAGAUGAUGGAAAGCAAUGCAAAGCUACUGACAGAGAACGAAGUCUUAGAGCUUUUUGAAAAGAUGAUGGAAGAUAUGAAUUUAAAUGAAGAUAAAAAGGCACCAUUGCGGGAAAAGGACUUCAGUAUCAAAAAAGAAAUGGUGAUGCAGUACAUUAAUACUGCUUCUAAGACAGGAAGUCUUAAGAGUAGCCACCAAAUCUCACCUCAGGAGUUCAUCUAUGAACUGAAAAUGGGAUCUGCAGAUGAAAGACUUGUCACAUGCCUGGAGUCCCUCCGUGUGUCUUUGACCAGUAACCCUGUCAGUUGGGUGAAAAGCUUUGGCCAUGAGGGACUUGGAUUACUAUUGGAUAUUUUGGAAAGACUGAUAAAUGGCAAACUCCGAGAAAAAAUUGUAAAGAAGAGUCAACACAAAGUCAUACAGUGUCUAAAGGCUUUGAUGAAUACACAGUAUGGCUUGGAAAGAAUUAUGAGUGAAGAGAGGAGUCUUACCUUAUUGGCCAAAACUAUUGAUCCUGAGCAUCCUGUUAUGAUGACAGAUGUGGUUAAACUGCUCUCUGCAAUAUGCAUUGUAGGAGAGGAAAGCAUCCUAGAAGAAGUUUUAGAAGCUCUAACAUCAUCUGGAGAAGAAAGAAAAAUUGACAGAUUUUCUCCUAUUGUGGAAGGUCUUCGGCACACUUCAAUUCAAUUACAAGUAGCUUGUAUGCAGCUCAUCAAUGCCCUUGUUACAUCUCCUGAUGAUUUAGACUUGAGGCUUCACAUCAGAAAUGAAUUUAUGCGUUGUGGAUUGAAAGAGAUAUUUCCAAUUUUAAAAUGUAUUAAGAAUGAUGGCCUGGAUAUUCAGCUUAAAGUCUUUGAGGAACAUAAAGAAGAAGAUUUGAUUGAGUUCUCCCAUCGUCUUGAAGAUAUCAGAGCUGAACUUGAUGAAGCAUAUGAUGUUUACAACAUGGUGUGGAAUUCGGUUAAGGAAACUGGAGCAGAGGGAUAUUUUAUUUCUAUUCUUCAGCAUCUUUUGCUGAUUCGAAAUGAUUAUUUUAUAAGACAACAAUACUUCAAAUUAAUUGAUGAGUGUGUAUCCCAGAUUGUACUGCAUAGAGAUGGAAUGGAUCCAGACUUCACGUAUCGAAAAAGACUAGAUUUAGAUUUAAGUCAGUUUGUAGAUAUUUGCAUAGAUCAAGCAAAACUAGAAGAAUUUGAAGAGAAAGCAUCAGAACUUUAUAAGAAGUUUGAAAAAGAGUUUACUGACCACCAAGAUACUCAGGCUCAAUUGCAGAAAAAAGAGGCAAAGAUUAAUGAGCUUCAAGCAGAAUUACAAGCUUUUAAAUCUCAGUUUGGUGCCUUGCCAGCUGAUACAAGUACCUCUUUGAUCCCAUCAAAAGAAGAUGGGACCGGCCACCCAGCACUCGUUCCUCCUCAAAUGUCUUCUUGUGGAGGGCUGCCACCUCCACCACCUCCUCCCCCUCCUCCUCCACUUCCAGGGAUAUCAAUACCAUUUGGUGGCCCCAUUCCUCCACCACCACCCCUUGGGUUUCUCAGUGGACAGCAUUCUCCUCCUCCACCAAUCCUGCCUUUUGGAUUGAAACCAAAGAAAGAAUUUAAACCUGAAACAAGCAUGAGAAGAUUGAAUUGGUUAAAGAUCAGACCUCAGGAAAUGACUGAAAAUUGUUUCUGGAUAAAAGUAAAUGAAAAUAAGUAUGAAAAUGUGGAUUUGUUUUGUAAACUUGAGAACACAUUUUGUUGCCAACAAAAAGAGAGAAGAAAAGAGGAAGGUUUUGAAGAAAGAAAAGCUAUUAAGAAGAAAAUUAAAGAACUUAAAUUUCUAGAUUCUAAAGUUGCUCAGAACCUUUCAAUCUUCCUGAGCUCUUUUCGUGUGCCAUAUGAGGAAAUCAAAAUGAUGAUAUUGGAAGUCAAUGAAACACAGUUGGCGGAGUCUAUGAUUCAGAACUUAAUAAAGCAUCUUCCUGAUCAAGAGCAAUUGGAAUCAUUAUCUCAUUUCAAGAGUGACUAUAACAACUUGAGUGAACCUGAGCAAUUUGCAGUUGUGAUGAGCAAUGUGAAGAGACUACGGCCACGGCUCAGUGCUAUUCUCUUUAAGCUUCAGUUUGAAGAGCAGGUGAACAACAUCAAACCUGACAUCAUGGCUGUCAGUACUGCCUGCGAAGAGAUAAAGAAGAGCAAAAGCUUUAGCAAGUUGCUGGAACUUGUAUUGCUAAUGGGAAACUACCUGAAUGCUGGCUCCCGGAAUGCUCAAACCUUCGGAUUUAACCUUAGCUCUCUCUGUAAACUAAAGGACAUGAAAUCAGCAGAUCAGAAAACAACACUACUUCAUUUUCUGGCAGAAAUAUGUGAGGAAAAGUACCCAGAUAUCCUGAAUUUUAUUGACGAUUUGGAACAUUUAGACAAAGCUGGUAAAGUCCCUGUAGAAAUGCUGGAAAAGAAUUUGAAGCAGAUGGGAAGGCAGCUUCAACAGCUUGAGAAGGAUUUGGAAACCUUUCCCCCUCCUGAGGACUCACAUGACAAGUUUGUGACAAAGAUGUCCAUAUCCUUUUGGAUUGCUUCAGAAUUUAAGCUUAAGCAAUUAAAGGAGACUAUAGGUAGAAUGCUUAUUAGCAAGAGUGAUUUCUAUUUUAACUGUUUAGCCAUUUUCCCAAAAAAGCAAGUCCUGGAAAGUAAUUUUGACUUUUUACUACCCAAUGAAAUACUAAUAGAGUGUGACAAUUAUCUGCAAGCAAUAAAAGAGAAUGUCAAAAGAAAAGAAGCUGAGGAAAAAGAAAAACGUGCCAAAAUAGCCAAAGAGUUAGCAGAGAAGGAAAGACAUGAGCGCCAGCAAAAGAAAAAGCGCUUACUAGAAAUGAAGACUGAGGGUGAUGAGACAGGAGUGAUGGAUAGUCUGCUGGAGGCACUGCAGUCGGGGGCUGCUUUCCGCGACCGAAGAAAAAGGACACCAAAGCCGAAAGACAUUCAGCAGAGUCUCAGUCCCACUUCUCAGAGGCCUGUUCUGAAAGUUUGUAACCAUGAAAAUCAGAAAAUGCAGCUGACAGAAGGGUCACGUUCACACUCCAAUAUCAAUUGCAACUCAACAAGAACUCCAGUCACCAAGGAGCUUAAUUAUAAUCUAGACACUUGUCCAUCUACAGGGAGGAUGAAGGCAGCUGAGAAGAAGGAAGCCUGUAAUGUAGAAAGCAACAUAAAAAAGGAAAUGGAACUUCUUGGCACUGUUUCUAAAAACGAAUCAGUUCCCGAAGUUGAAGACCUGCUGGCAAGAUUACGAGCUUUAUAA